AUGUCGCAGACCGUGAACUUGGACAGAGCUGAGAUCGCACAGGCCGAGGCGGCCGUGCAUGGCCUCGAGCCUGGCCCGCCUAAGGGCCAGGUUGACGAGCUCAAGCCCGAGAAGGCCAGCAUGGAUGUCAUCAACGUCCCAGACAGCUCCCACGGCGACCUGCUGGACGACGACGACGUCAACUACCCGAAGCCCACCGAGGAGGAGCUGCACACGCUUCGCAGGGUCUCUGGUCACAUCAACUGGGCAGCCUACUCGGUCGCCAUUUGUGAGCUGGGGGAGCGUUUCUCCUACUACGGCUCCAGCAUUCUUUACACCAACUUUGUUGUCCACAGUCUUCCCCCGGGCUCCAACACCGGUGCAGGCUUCGGUAAGGGAGGCCAGUCCGGCGCCCUGGGACUCGGCUCCAAGGCUGGUCAGGGUAUCUCACUCACAAACCAGUUCUUUGCCUACCUGGUUCCUCUGUUUGGUGGCUGGCUCGCCGACGCCAAACUGGGGCGGUACAAGGUCCUCCACAUCGCCAUCUGUGUCUCCAUGACUGCUCACGUUAUCCUCGUGGCCGCUUCAGCUCCCUCCGUCAUCACCCACCCAAACAACGCUCUUGGCGCCUUCGUCAUUGGUAUGCUUGUUCUGUGCAUCGGUACCGGCCUCUUCAAAGCCAACGUGGCACCGCUGCUGGCUGAGCAGAACCACGACCGUCGCAUGUACGUCAACACGCUGAAGUCUGGCGAGCGAGUCAUUGUCGAUCCCGCCGUCACCAACACCCGUAUCUUCCUCUACUACUACAUGGCCAUCAACCUCGGCUCCUUGUCCGGCCAGAUUUCCAUGGUCUACGUCGAGCUGUACGUCGGCUUCUGGCUGGCCUUCCUGCUCCCCACCGCCAUCUUCGCCAUCUGCCCCAUCGUCUUGUUCCUGAUGAAGAAGAAGUACACCCUGAGCCCUCCCACCGGUUCCGUUCUGGGCAAGUUCUUCAAGAUGUUCGGCAUGGCCAUGAGGGGGAAUUGGGCCAAGAUAUUCAACCCGGCCAGCUUCAAGCGCAGCUUCACCUGGGAUUCCGUCCGCCCGUCCAACGUUCCUGUCGACCAGCGGCCGAAAUGGAUGACCUAUGAUGACGAGUGGGUGGACGAGGUCCGACGUGGUCUCAAGGCCUGCAAGGUCUUCCUCUUCCUGCCAAUCUUCUUCUUGGCCUACAACCAGAUGACCAACAACCUCACCACACAAGCCUCAACCAUGCAGCUGAACGGCGCGCCCAACGACCUGAUCCAGAACCUCAACCCCAUCUCCAUCGUCAUCAUGAUCCCCAUCCUGGACCGUUUCGUGUACCCAGGCCUCCGCAAGAUCGGCAUCAACUUCACCCCGCUGAAGCGCAUGGCCUUCGGCUUCGCCUUCUCCGCCGCGUCCAUGGUCGCCGCCGCCGUGAUGCAGUACUACAUCUACAAGAUGUCCCCCUGCGGCGAGUACACCACCGACCAGGAGUGCGUCGCGCCCAUCAACGUCUGGGCCCAGUGCCUCCCCUACGUCCUCGUGGGCCUCUCCGAGAUCUUCACAAACACCACCUCGUACGAGUACGCCUUCUCCAAGGCGCCCGACAACAUGAAGAGCGUCGUCAUGAGCGUCAACCUCGCCAUGUCCGCCAUCUCCUCCGCCCUCGGCCAGGCCUGGACCCCGCUCGCCGGCGACCCCCACUGGGUCUGGAACUACGGCUCCGUCGCCAUCAUCGCCGCCGCGGGCGGAGUGGGAUUCUGGCUCUGCUUCAAGGACCUCGACAAGGAGGAGGACAAGUGGAACAACCUCAAGAAGUCCGAGUACAAGGGCACCCAGCAGCCGAAUGCGGGCCACACGGCUGCUGACAAGUCGCUGGAGCCGGAGCCGGUGAGCGAGGUUCCCAGCGAGAAGAUCUAA